UAUUAAGUAGGGUUUUGUAUUUGGGUAGCAAAGUACCGGUACCAAAAUAGUCAUUCAAAGCACAAUGACGAUGAUCGAAAGGCGAAGAAGGGCGCUUUCAACUGCGUCAUAUCCAGCCUCUCGCUCGCUCUCAUUUUGGAACUCUCCUGCAGUCUGCUGCAAUUUACUUGUACCGCCGGCGGUACCGAGUGGUAGUUUAACCGUGCCCAGACACCUCGCGUCGUCCAAAUCAGAUUAUUACCAUUAGGGCAGGAAAAGUGGAUCCUGACGUAAGAGUCUUAAAUCCUCCACCACCGCGAACACUCUCAUUCCGAGCUUCUUCAUCCAGACAACGGCGGAUGCAUCCGUGCCGUGCACUGAGCAUGACUAUUCUGCGUCUUGUCUGAGACGAACCGGGAACAGGACCGGACAACCAGCAACAAGGAAAUGGCGUCGUAUCUCCAGAUUGCAGAUGAUGAGAAAGGCUACAACCUCGACCUUUUCUGUGUGCCCAGACAUUACGAGAAGGAUUUGGACAAGGUGAUCAUUCCUCAUGGACUCAUUAUGGACAGGACGGAGCGCUUGGCCCGCGACAUCGUGCGGGACAUGGGGGCCCACCAUAUCGUCGCCCUUUGCGUGUUGAAGGGCGGCUACAAAUUCUUCGCAGACCUGCUGGACUACAUCAAGAUGUUGAACCAGAACAACGAUAAAUCGGUCCCACUGACGGUGGAUUUCAUUAGAGUGAAAAGUUACUGCAAUGACAAAUCAACCAACAACGUCAAAGUCAUCGGCGGUGAUGAUCUGUCCAGUCUCUCAGGCAAGCAUGUUUUGAUAGUUGAGGACAUCGUGGAGACGGGAAGGACGAUGCAGACGCUGCUCUCGCUGCUAAGUGAAAGCAGGCCCAAGAUGGUGAAAGUGGUGAGUCUGCUGGUGAAGAGGACGCCCAGGAGUUCAGGGUAUAGACCAGAUUACAUUGGAUUUGAGGUGCCUGAUGCCUUCCUGGUGGGCUACGCUUUGGACUACAAUGAGUACUUCAGAGAUCUCAGUCACAUCUGCAUACUGAAUGACGAAGCCAAGGAGAAGUAUAGAGUGUGAUGCGAUGGCAACUCAAAUGGAUGACAACAGGGACCACUGUCUUUAUUUUUAUACACAAAAGCCCAUAUGUGCAAAAGAACAUUUUCUUACCCUCUGUGACCGAAAGUAGUAUGGCGGAUAUUUUGGUUGGAUGAUUAAUUUAUUUAUUGAUGUUAAGAAUUGUUUUAAGUGUACAUUUAGAUUUAUCUCUAUUAUAAGGAAAGAGAAUGUAACUCAUUUGCUGACUCAGGCUUUUCAGUGAGUGAAAAGUAGCCUUUUAGUUUGUGCAUAUACACUUGCCACCUACAUAUUACAGUCAUAAAAUGUCAAUGUACUGUAUAGUCACACAUUAUGCCAAGUGGACUGAUGCCGGACAUCGUGCUGUAUAUUUUAUUUGGUAAAGUGCAUUUUCAUCAUAAUGGGCGCUGCAAUACAAUUUGAGUUGAAAGAA